AUGGCUUCGUCACAGUACCCUCAAGAGACGUUCCUCUCGGUCAAGCUGUCGCCCGGUAGUUUUAUGGAGAAGAAGAGGCACGCAGCAUCUUCCGCCUCGCUGAAGCAGCAGCUUGGUUUCCUCAAAAGCACUGGACGGUAUGAAGCUUUCAAGCUGAAAUGGCUACCGGCCUAUGAUGAGCCACCCGCCGUUUGGCCCAUCGGCAACUGGCUCUUCUGGGACUCCGAUAUUGGAAAAUGGAUCGAAGGCGCCUGCUAUUUCCUCCAUACCGACUAUGAUGCCGAAGUCGAUGCUGCUGUCCAAGAACUGACGGACAUGCUGGCCGGCGCACAGCACGAGGAUGGAUAUUUGAAUCUUCAUUACUCAAUAGUCGAGCCAACGAAGAACAGGUUCACCAACAUUCGUGACUUCUGCGAGCUAUACAAUGCUGGCCAUCUUCUGGAGGGUGCACUGGCACACCAGCACUACUAUAAGAACGACAAGCUGCUGGGACCGAUGAUCAAAUAUGUUGAACUCAUGAUCAAGACUUUCGGCCCCGGAAAGGACCAGCUGCAUGCCUAUCCAGGCCAUCCUGAACUCGAGAUAGCGCUGUUGCGCUUGCAUGAGCGGACCAAGGACCCCAGACAUCUUGAGCUUGCCAGAUAUUUCAUCACGGAACGUGGCAACCCCAAAGGAGUCGAUGGCCGCCACUAUUACGACUGGGAGGCCGAUAAGCGAGGGGACGACCCAAACGCACGGCCGUAUUUCUACCCAGAGCGCACUCCUUCGAAUUGGUAUUACUCUGCAUCUGUACCUCUCGUCGAGAUGCAAGGUGUGGAAGGUCACUCUGUGCGUCCGAUGUAUCUGCUCACAGCGGUGGCGGACAUGGUGCGCAUGGACCAGAAAUCAACAACUGACCUGCAGAAGGCCAUUGUCAGGCUUUGGGAUGACAUGGUCGGCAAGAAGAUGUAUGUGACAGGCGGAAUCGGCUCGAUACCUCAGUAUGAGGGCUUUGGUAUACCGUAUUUCUUGCCGCAGGGGACAGACGAGGGUGGCUGCUACGCUGAGACAUGUGCUGCUAUCGGCAUCAUGAUGAUGGUGGAGCGGGUACUGCAGUAUGAUCUUGACGGCUCUUUCACCGACAUCAUGGAGCUGGCUUUCUACAACGCCGUGCUGACGGCUAUCUCGACAGAUGGGCGAAAGUACACAUAUGUAAACCAGCUUGCCUCCAGCGACGCAAAUGCUGCCGAUCGAAGCGAGUGGUUCAAGUGCUGCUGCUGCCCUCCGAACAUCAUGAGAACACUUGCGAUCAUCGGCGGCUACAUCUGCUCCGAGCCAGCAAGUAUAAAGCCUGAAGACAAGCACAUAGCUGUGCAUUUGUACGCUCCAAGUACUCUCGAAUUCACCGUUUGCGGCCAACCUUCUAAGCUGACCCAGGCUACUGACUGGCCCUGGAGUGGGGAUGUGACGUUCGCAUUGGAGACGGCUUCAAAGACGGUGUCCAUCAGUCUUCGGAUACCACAAUGGACUUCGGAGUGGAGCAUUGAACCUGAACCACCACAUCGCAACGUUCAAAAAGGCUACCUGACACUCCCUGGCGACUGGCUAGCCGCCAACCCCAGCUUCAUUCUGAAAGUCAAACUAGACGUACGGAUGCUCGCUCCCCACCCACUCGUCAACACCGACACCGUUGCCUUGGCAAGAGGUCCAAUCGUCUACUGCGUCGAAGACAUGGACAAUUCUUGGGUAGAGGACCACUUCAAAUCUCUCCAACUCGACCCUGACGCGGAGGUUGUCGAGCGGCCGACAGUGGACCGCACCACGGACGAGAAGUACGUUGCUCUGGAUGUCUACCGCGGUUCCUCGCUACUUCCGACGAAGUCACUUAAGGCGCAGCCAAGCGUACCGUGGAAGACGCUGGCGAAGGAGGCGGCGGAUGCCAAUGUGAUUGAUGUAUUGCACUUCGUGCCGUACUACUUUCACUCGAACAGAGGAGGCAAAGGGAUGAUGAGGACGGGCAUUAGGCGGUGGGUUCGGUAG